AUGUCCCUCGCCCGACCUGGUGUAGCUCAGCGCCGUUCCGGGCUCCUUUCAAGCAAUCCUACAACGCCUACAAGAACAGCACUCAGCGUCGAAGAAUGGGAGUCCAAAGCGCCCCUUGAUGAUUUGGCCGUUAAGAGUAUUGCGCUGGUCAAGGAGGCCAGUGAGAAGGUUCCAUUGCCGGUCAAAUUCAGCGCUGCAGACGCAGAACCGUCGCGCCCUUCAACACCCAUCUUGCGCGGUAAACUGAUCGGAUCCGGGUCACGACCGUCCACCCCUAGUGCAUCGAACCGCCCCCUUCCAACAGCACAUGCCCUCGAUCCCAAGGAUGCGAUUCAGACUCCUCAGCAGUUCUAUGAUUGGUUCGCGAAGAUUGACCGCUCCGUGGCACAUAGCCAAGAGGCCCACUUUCGAGCGCACGUUGCUGCUGUGACAGAACGCAUUGACGCCGUGGAUAUGAUCCUGGACCGUAUAGAUAAAGUGGACAAGGAUGUGGACAGCAUGCUGCACGAAUGGCGCGUCGUCGAAGAGGGAGGCCGAAGCUUGAAGGAUGCUUGCGAGAAGUUACUAGAGGAACGAGAGCAACUCAUCGAUCUCACCGAUGAGAUCGGCUCAAGGCUAGAGUACUUCCAUGAGCUUGAACAAGCCACAAGGAUGCUCAAUCAUCCUGGUGAAUCCCUCGUGCUACAGACAGACUUCUUGUACAUGGUCGAGCGUGUCGACAUAUGCAUCGAGUACUUUGAAUCGCAUCGUAAUUUCAGAGAAGCCGAUGUUUAUCUUCUACGCUUUCAACAAUGCAUGACCCGUGCUAUGACGCUCAUCAAAAUGUUCUUCGUUGGGUCAUUGCGUGCCCUCACUGUCGACGUGUCAAGGCGCUUGUCAGAGAAGGAUGUGUCAUCGACAGCUCAGACUCACCUGUUGUAUACACGGUUUCGAAGUGUUACUUCCCAGCUAGCGCCGCUGCUCGGCGAACUGGAACGUCGUGCCUCGGCACAUCCGGAAGAGCUGUCAGCAUUGCUGUCCGAGUGCCAUGUAGCUUAUUUCAGCGCUCGAAAGGGGUUGUUAGUGAAUCGUCUCGUAGAAGAAAUAAGAGGCCUGGACCCGGCGCACACUGAGCUUGUCGAGCUUACCAGCGCUGGCUGUAGCUAUCUGAAACAACUCUGUACGGAUGAGUUUGACUUGUUCCGGGAAUUCUUUAAUUCGGGAGCGGAUCAGCUAUACCCUUAUCUCGAAAACCUAUGCGACUAUCUUUACGACGACCUUCGGCCCCGAAUCCUUCACGAGCAGCGCUUAACAACACUUUGUGAAGUUUGCACCGUUCUGCAAGCCUUAAUGGUUCUCGACGUCUCCGAGUUGCCGGAUGAACCUCUGGACACCGAUGUCCCCGACCAGCUAACCAUGGAUUUCGAGCCCCGCAAGCCACCAGGGCUACAAAAACUACAUAUUAGCCGUCUGCUCCAAAUGGUCCUACAAGAUGCACAAACUCGGCUGUUUUUCAAGGCUCAGUCCGUGAUCCAAGCUGAAAUACGGCAUUAUGUGCCCAAACCAGAAGACCUUGCUUAUCCCGACAAACUUGUCGCGCAGCCGCCAAGAAGCCAACAGAAAGGCGAAUCCAGGCAGCUAUUUCAGCUACCCUCGUUCGAUAAACAAGAGACAUGGUUCCCUACAUUACAGAAAUGUGUAUGGGUGCUUUCACAGUUACAUGACUUUGUCAAGCCCGCCAUUUUCGAAGAUAUUGCGCAGGAAGCCGUGAGCUUAUGUCGCCAAUCCUUGGUUUCAGCAUCCAAUUCGAUGAAAAACACCAGUUCUUCUUCAGCAAGCUUGGAUAGCGACCUGUUCCUUGUUCGCCACCUCCUCAUUUUGAAAGAAGUGGCCAACAACCUCGAUUAUAUCCAGCAGGACACCAAGCCGGGUCCUGACUAUGGUGGCGUUGCGGAUACGUUAGCAUUGCUGGUCAACAAGACAACGUCCUUUCUGCCUGAAGCAAUCUUUUCUUCGUUGCGAACGUCUCGAGGGCAUGACAGCUUCGGUGACGCAAAAGUGAACAUCGAUCAGGAUUUACGGAAGUCGUGUCGAGAAGUAAUAUCGAGCUGCUCAACUCCAAUAGGGUGGCCUCUGCGAGACUGGACCGACCGAGUCCGCGCCCUUACCAGUCGCACCGGUACUGUUGAACAGGUGCAGACGUCCUUGAUGGCCCAGGAAUGGGCUCAGCAAGCGGCGGCCGAGAACCUGCACAAGAAAUUCAUCGAGGCUUGUGAACGCGAUCUCAGGUCUUCUGUCGCACGUAUGAAGCUUUACCUCGAAGACAGCCGAACGGUGUCCGUAUUAGUGACGCAUGUUCAAGAAACUAUCGAAGAUGACUAUGCGACUUUUCGGGAUGUAGUAUGGACGAUGUACGCCGGGUCCUUGAGGGAUGUAGUACUGUCAACGGAUGGUCUGAAAGACCUGCUAGCACAAGUCUGUGAGUAG